CCACGACAGAGCUCGCUUUACGGCAGAGCGUGUUGCUGGAGGUCAGGGUCGUGAUGUAUAAAAUAGCUCACUGCAUUUUUUAGCAAUAAGACGGUGUAAUUACGCUUUAGAAAAUUAGCUUUAUCAGAAUAUUGAUUUCGGUUUAUUUCGCUGAUCCUCGUGAAAUAGUUCGUCCUGGGUUUGAAGAUUGCCACAUAACUGCGAAGGCUGCUAAGUUUAGCUCGGUUAGCAGCUACUUUCUAAGGUAUAAUUGAGCUCUUUGGAACAAUUACGGUCAUGGACAACAACUCACAGGGUUCAGGGGGCUUGAAAGCGGGCCUCGGGAAUCUUUUUGGUGGUGGUGGUGCAUCUGAAUAUUCCAACACAGAGCUCGCCGGUGUCCCAUUGACAGGAAUGAGUCCCCUCUCUCCUUACCUCAACGUAGACCCUCGAUACCUGGUUCAGGACACAGAUGAGUUCAUUUUACCCACAGGGGCCAACAAAACGAGAGGAAGAUUUGAAUUGGCUUUCUUCACCAUUGGUGGAUCAUGCAUGACUGGAGCUGCACUUGGAGCUGUAAACGGUCUGAGGAUGGGCCUGAAAGAGACCAGAGACAUGGCAUGGUCCAAACCUCGUAACGUACAGAUUCUUAACAUGGUGACCAAGCAGGGGGCUUCGUGGGCCAACUCUCUUGGCUCUGUUGCCUUGUUGUACAGUGCAUUUGGUGUGGUGAUUGAGAAGACCAGAGGAGCAGAAGAUGACAUCAACACAGUGGCUGCUGGCACAUUAACAGGGAUGCUCUUUAAAUCUAGUGGUGGAUUAAAGAGUGUAGCUCGAGGAGGUCUGGUUGGUUUAGCCCUGUCUGGUGCCUAUGCUUUCUACAACAAUUGGGACCGUCUGACUGGCUCUUCCUCAUCCUCCAGGCUGUACUAAACUUGACUGCACAGCUGCUUCAACAUGGGGCCAAAUAUCUCAAGAACACAACGAUAAGAGAAGCUGGAUUCUGGUCAAAUGAGGUGUUAAUUACAGGGAAUAGCACGCUGGUCCCGUUUCCAUCCAUAGCCAUUCAAUCACAAGCGUUCUUGAAAAUCAGAGAUGUUUAAAAAAAGUGAAUUCAGAAAAAGCAGACAAAUCUAUCUGUAACUCUUCCAUAAACAAUGAUCUGAUCAGUGACCCCUCACAAUCGAAGACUGAUGCGUCCACAUAUGAAACAUGAGGGCGUUUGGGUUAAAUGAGCCAGUUUGUAAGAUGCCCUCUGACAUCUGUGUGCCAUCACCAGAUGUGGAUGCCAAUUUUGGACUGAAAGACUCUUACAACCUGUGAACCUGGAGCAAAGCCUUAUGGUCUAUUGACUUGUAUUUAUUAAAAGGUAUAUUUUCUGUGAUUUCUGCUAUUCUGUGUAAUAGGAAGUCACUGGAACUGCUUACUGUUCACCUGUCUCCAACUAAAAUAAAACAUUCACAAAGAA